AUUUAUCUCAAAUGGAAGAAAGCAUCUUUGUGGAGAGGCAUAGCGUCAUACAGUUUAGCUCCUCUUGAGCUGUCUUUGUAGUUAAUAACUCCUCUUCCUCAAGAAGUUAUGUCAAAACUAGAAUCAAGAAGAAUGAGGAAGGCUAUGAAGCCUUAGCUGAGAUCGUCACAGAAGAGCUCCAAAUGGGCAAAGAAUUUCAAAUGUAUGAUAAAAACGGAAAUAUUAUGGGAAGUGAUGAUCUUUAUCAUCUGAAAGAAAACUCCAUAGUUUACAUAACUCCAAAAGGAGUAGAUUUUAGCUAUCAUAAUCUUCUAAAAAUGUACGAAACGGUCAAGAAAUUAGGAGAAGGAGGCUAUGGCUCUGUUUAUCUUUACAAAAAUAGGCUGAAUGGAGAGCUGAGUGCAGUUAAAAUUGUCCCAAUAUCCCAAUUUCAGAUAAAUGCUGAGCAGGUGCAGAAGGUUUUAAAGGAGGGAAAUUAUCUGGUCCUUGUAGAUCAUGAAAAUAUUAUAAAAUUUGAAACAGUCUUCAUUUACAGUCCUCCAAGGAGAGACAGAUCAACUAGGAAUAUGAACCAGUCUAAAAUUUAUAUGUUCACCGAAUAUUUGCCUGGAGGGGAACUCAAGAAGUACUUAUUUAACAGAGAAAAUCCUUGAAGCGAAGACGAAGUCAAAUAAAAUAGCAUUUUGAUUAAUUUCAGCUAUAUCUGAUAUUCAUAGUCACAAUAUCAUACAUUGAGAUCUUAAGUUAGAAAAUAUUUUGCUUGAAGAUAAAAAUGACCCUUUCUCAUUGAAGAUUAUUGAUUUUGGAGUUUCAGGGAUUCUAACCCAUAUUUCGAAGGAACAUCUUAAAGCAGGGACUCUUUUAUAUUCCGCACCAGAGGUACUAUCUAAGAAGCAGAAAUAACUUCGACCCCAAGAUUGACGUUUGGUCACUUGGGGUGAUAAUUUAUAUCUUAUUGACCAAGGAGUUUCCUUUUUGUGAGAAGACUGAGUUUGAUACAUUCAAAAGUAUCAUAUCAGAUCCUCUUAAAUUCCCAAAUACUCUCACAUUGACUAAGGAAGUCCGACAUCUGCUGUCAAAAAUGCUUGAUAAGAACCCAAAAACCAGGUAUUCACUUGAAAAUAUCCAACUUCAUCCUUGGAUUCGGGAUAAAUUUGAAGAUGUCGAAGGAAAAUUUACUGAAACGAUUGAAGACAACCAUGAGUUUUACGAUCCUAAGCUAUUCAACAAGAAAUUUCGAAAAGAGAAUGAUAUUUUCACAAAGAGUACCAUUCUAAUUGACGCCCCAAUCUUAAGGAGCAAAGAUCGUGCUAGGAGAGUUUCCCAGCUUCCAGCUCAGAUUGCAAGAGGCCUGUCCAAAUUUCUGAAAGUCAAAGACAUAAAAGGGUUAUUUAACAACAAAGGCGAGGGAAUUUUCCAGAAUGGCAGCUCUCUUGGUACAAGAGACCUAAGUUUUACUGAAAAUUUACAUGAGAUUAAUGAAAAUACCUCAAAUGAGGAUGACUGUACAACUCGUAAAAUCUCUGCUGCAGUUGAGGAACAGGAUGAUGAACAACUUCCUGAACAACCUUCGCAAGCCCAGAACUUGGUUUCAGGCAAUGAGGUUAUUAAGAAAACCAUUAAGAAUAGAAGCAAGUCACAGUACAAGAUGAAAAGGAAGAACAGACUUGUACUUGAAAGAAAGUUUUGAUUCAAUGAGACUAAGCUCAAGGAGAUCCUUAAGGAGCUUGAGCUUCCUGUUGAUAAUAGAAGUGUCAUGAUCCUCAAGGAUCAUGCUAAGGAGUCUAGAAAUAGCUUGAUAAAUAUGAAACCAGCAAUCAUGAAGAUCAAUGAAUGCCUUCCUAAGACUAUAAGAGGCAGGCAAAGCAGGAAAAUGGAUAAACUCAUUUCUCAUAUUUGUAAGAAAAAUUCACUUUUCUUGAAUAACACUGGCUCUAAAUAUUCUAAAGAAAGGAAGAAUAGAGGGAAUUCUUUAAGUGAGAAGUACUGCCAAAGUCUUUAUCAGAAUUCUUAUAAGUAUGGGUCUACUAACGCAUCAAGAGUUAGGUCUCAAUUCAAUCAUUACAAACGGUCUCACAACGAUUUCCAGCAAAUAGAGACUCCUGAGAAGAGUGAUCCUACAUUAAGACCUACAAUGUCUGCAUCUAAACUCUGAAUUAUCCGAAAACAGAGGAGGAAGAACACCUCAGAUUACUGAAAUCUCAACGCUGACAUUAAGCCGAACCAUAAAAAGGGUCUUUCUCAAACAAAUGUUAUCAUGAACCCCAAAAAUGUAGAUGCAGGUUGUAUCAGGAUAUUCAAGAAAAACUUCUUAAAGUACGAGGGUGAUAAUAUUUCCUUCUCUAACAGCAGGAACACCUUACCUAUUAACGCAGAAGUGCAGCAUCCUGGCCAUAACACAGACAAUUGCUAUAAAUUACAGACUACAAAGACCAUUGGAGGGAUUAGUGAGGUCACUUCUACCUCUCCGUACUAUCAGAACUACAGAUUACAGAGUGCUUCAAAGACAUCAGUGGGAGUGUACAGAAAGCCAAGGGCUAAUCUGCACAAGCCUAAUUUCACCAGGCAAAUUUUGAAGAAUUUAGACAAAGGUUAGUCCUCAGUUUGUUUGAAUAGUCUUAAUAGUGGAUUUAGGCAAAUUGAAGGCUAAUGAUGAAGAAGUUAAGAAAUUGCUAUCGCUUACUUAUACUCCUAAGUUGAGAUAAGAUAGGUUUUGGAGU